AUGGAUGCCGGUAUAUUACAUUUGGUGGAUCGUGCCUGGCCGCACUCCCUGGCAGAGAGCAGAGGGUUCAGAGAGGAGAGCCUGGUGCUCACAUCGAUGCCAACCAUUUCCUUUGUGCGGUUGGGGAGCUGCAGCUUCUCCAAGUCCAAACUCCUCAAUGACGUUCUCAGCCCCUCCCAGCAGCACCACGAUUUCUUCAUCUAUCGGGACAUGGAGUCUGGGAAUGUCCCUCGGGAAAUUGCAGAUGGGCUGGUCGAGAUUUCCUGGUAUUUCCCUGGAGGGAGGGAGAAUUUGGAUCUUUUCGCAGAGCCCGUUGCAGUUACAAAUCUGCGGGGAGACACUGAGUCCCACUGGCUACAAUUUAGCUUUUCAACAGUGGUGUCCUCAGCAGUGUUCAUAGUUACUGAGAGUAUCAGUGAGACACAAUACGCACUGUUAUCAUCUCUGCAGGGAUCAGCCACUAAAUACUACUUCAUCCUCAAUUGCAAGAAUGGAAAUCCCAAGGAAACAUUGGGAUUCCUUAAUAAGUUGGCUCCGGUGCUGAAUCUGAGCAAACCACAGCUACUGGUGAAAGACAGCACCACAAAUAAUGCAGAAUUUGUGCAAAAAGUGAAAUCUGCCAUAAAAAGCAUAAUGAGUUCAUCUCCCAAGAGAACGAAUUUGGAAGGCAUGGCUGUGACCGCACGUGAACUAGGAAUCCAGGUAGAUGAGGACCUAAAGGAAUGUCAGAGUGCAAGCAAGCAGGCUACAAAAAUCAUUGUGGAAAUAAAAGAUGUGGCAAAGUACAAGAGGGAUAUGCUGAGACUGCAGGGGGAUCUCUUGGAAGAAUUGUCUAAAGUGGAAAAAGAACUGUGCAGAAUGAGAAGACAAGGGGAGACAGCCACCGAAGACUAUAAAUGUCAACUGAGAGAGAAACAGUUGGAUUUACGUAGACAGCAGAAUCAAUGUAACCUUACUGAUGGAUUGAUUACAUUUAUUAAUGGACUAGGACAAUGGCCUUCAAUGGAGAAACAUUACUUUCUGAAAUGGAUGAAGUUUAGCCUGGAUCACAUUGCUCGAGAGAAUCUUUUUAAACUACAGGAUCAAUAUAAAGGGAAAGGUAAAAUGGCAGGAGAUGACCCACAAGCACUAGCCAUGCUGGAUAAAUUAAUAUCUACCACUUCCUUAGGGAUUGAGCAUUUCAUGCGUGAGCUGGGGCAGUUUUAUGAAGCUGAAUGCUCAAUGGUUAAAGAAGGAGACAAAGCAGAAUACCAAAGACAAUUCAUCCAUCUCCCAGGCAUAGCAGCUGACCUGAUGCUGGAAGGGUUUCCCAUGGAACUGUUAGAUGGAGAUUCAUCCAACAUCCCACUGCAGUGGGUGACAGACGUUCUGACUCAGCUCCAUGCCAAGCUGGGGGGAAGGUCCAGAAUGGUGGUUCUAACGGUACUGGGUGUGCAGAGCACUGGGAAAUCCACCCUCCUCAACACUAUGUUUGGCCUGCAGUUGGCAGUGAGCAAUGGCCAAUGUACACGAGGAGCCUUCAUGAUGCUCAUUAAAGUGGCCGAGAACUUUCAGCAGGACCUGGGCUGUGAUUUCAUCCUGGUAAUAGACACAGAAGGCCUGAAAGCCCCUGAACUGGCCAGGCUGGAGGAUAGUUAUCAACAUGACAAUGAACUGGCCACACUGGUGAUUGGGUUAAGUGACAUAACUAUCAUUAACAUGGCCAUGGAGAACGCCACAGAAAUGAAGGAUGUUCUGCAAAUUGUGGUCCAUGCCUUUCUCAGAAUGGAGGAAAUAGGGCAAAAACCCAACUGCCAAUUUGUGCAUCAGAAUAUCAGUGAUGUGUCUGCACAUGACCAAACCCUGAGGGGCAGGAAACACCUCCUGGAGCAGCUGAAUGAAAUGACCAAAGCUGCAGCUAGGAUGGAAAAGCAAUGUAAAAAAGUGAAUUUUUCAUGUAUUAUGGAUUAUGAUGCAGAGAAACACAAUUGGUACAUCCCUGGGCUGUGGCAUGGAGUCCCUCCCAUGGAUCCAGUGAACAUGGGAUACAGUGAGAGUGUGUGUGAGUUAAAGAAAUACCUGAUUGAUUUUAUAAAGAAACGGUCACAUAAUAGAGCCCCUAAGGACAUUCCCCAGUUUGUCAAAUGGGUGGAGAGCCUGUGGAAUGCUGUCAAACACGAGAACUUCAUCUUCAGUUUCAGAAACAGCCUUGUAGCUGAAGCUUAUAACCAGCUGUCUAUGAAGUAUUCUGAGUGGGAAUGGCAUUUCCGCAAAGAGAUACAUCUCUGGGUAUCUGAAAAGGAAACUGUCAUUCAGAAUCAGACAUCAGAGAAACUACAGGCUGGUGCCUUAUCCAUGUUGAAGAAUGAGGCACAGGAAAAACUGCAGCACGAGAAACAAAAAGUUUUGGAUAAUUUACAAGAUUAUUUUGAAAGUGGAGUUUCGAAUCUGCACCUGAUAGAAAAGUACAAAGAAGAUUUUAUCAGGAGUGCAACCUGCCUCAAAAAUGAACUUGAGGGCUACUCCGAGAACAAGUGCGAGGAAGCAAUUCGAAUUCGAAAAGGCCAGCUCAAGAGAGAAAACAUCCAGACCUCAUACAUGCAGAUAAUUGAAGGGAAAGUUGACAGGGUCUUGGAUGAAUGUAGGAACAAAAAACAUAAACUAGAGAAUGAGGAACUGAAAUUGAAAUUUGAAAACAUGUGGAAAGAAACACUGUCAGAGUUGAAGUUCAGCAGUUUACAGAAACGUGAAAUUUAUCGAGAGAUGGAGUUUCAGUUGAGAAAGGACCUGGAAAAUAGAGGGAGUGCCGUCAGGCAGAAGCUACAGGAAUCAGGUAGUUUGUUGUUUCAUGGAAUUGAGAAUUUCAGAAUGAAAAAGGAGUAUCUAGAUUCAGCAUGGAUCAAACCUAUGAAAAAACUGUUGUUCAUAGGGGAACGUGAAACAGCUGUUCACACAGAAGAACUUGCUAAAUCCUUAAUAGAUGAGGGUAAAAGAUACACUGAAGAAAAGGUAAAUUCCAGAGUGGACUAUGAUGAAAUCUAUUGCAGAGAAUUGCUGAACAUUAUCAACAAGAGGCUCCAAGAGGAGGACGUUAAAAAACUUGGCGCUACUGCUUGCUUUGAAGUUGACCUGAAAAGUCAUAUUUUGGGGGAGGCAGCUUGGAGAUUUCAGAAGAUGCAUGAAGAUUUUAUCAAACAAAAUGAUCCUCAGUGUCGUCUAGAGAAGCUGAAACCUCAGUAUUUCUCCACAUUUACUGACCUGUAUUUGGAAAAAGAUGAGAACCAAACAAGGGCCAGGGAUUUCUGUGAUCAAUGUCUCAAACCUGCCUUGGAGGUUUAUAUCAACAAAAGACUAGGAAUAGAGAUAGUAGAUGACAUUCUCAACAGGGCAGAGUCCAUUGAAUAUAGCAGUCGGACCUUCCUCCAGUUCACUGUACAGAAAAAGCUUCUGGAGGAGAUGAACUUUGAUAACUAUGUGAAAUAUAUUAAAAACUAUGAAGAAUUUAUCAAAACCUGGAUUCAGAGACGUAUGAUGGAUCAUUACAGGGAAACUCAGCGUUUGGGAGGGUUGGAGAAAAAGAUUCUUUCUACAAUAGUAAACAAAGUGAGGGAAGUUCUGGAAGGCUCUAAAAAUGAAAAAAACACCACGGUCUUGGCAUUUUUAAACAACUUUUGUGAAGCGCUGCAGCAGGACCUAGUCAUUUCCAAGGACAAUUUACUUGGGAUACAGUUUAAAAACACAGCAAAACCAGGCCAGUUUCGUGCUAAUAUUCAAACCUUUCUUCUGGAUCUGGAACAAGAAAUCUUAUCCCAAUUUGGUGGUUUGGAUAUUCACACCAAAAUCUCCAAUCUGCCAUUAAAACCCCAGGAUGAAAUUUUUAAGCGAGUGUGUGGCUGUGGGAAGCAGUGUCCAUUCUGUAAAGUCCCCUGUGAAGCAGGAGGCAGUGACCACAAGGAGCAUUUUGCAUCUGUGCAUCGGCCACAGGGAUUAUGCAGUUACAGGUAUCUUGAUACACAAAAACUUGUCUAUGAUAUAUGCUCAUCUGAAGUGGUUUCUGAGAAGUCAUUCCGAAAUUCAGACACAAAAUGGAACAAGCAUCCCUACAAAGAUUAUCGUGUCUAUUACCCAGACUGGCGCAUUCAGCCAGAUCCGAGCAUUGAGGCUUCUGAUUACUGGAAGUUUGUUUUUCAGAAGUUCAAUCACCUGUUAGCUAAAAGUUAUAAUGCUAACCCAGCAGAUCUCCCAAGAAACUGGGGGAAAAUAACUGAAACACGGGCACUGGAGGGCUUAAAGGAAGCCUUUAACAUGAAAUAAAAACAUGGUGAGAGCCUGUUGAAAUGCAAUGUACAUAUGUUUAAGUAUUUGAAAACUUUCUUUAAUUUUAAAAAAUAGCACAUUUAAAAAAUACAAUACAGAAUAUUUUUAGUCUCAGAACCUCAUGUUCACUUCACAGCUUCUAAGUGGAACUGACAAGUUUCUGACUUUUCAUGUCACAUGACAAGUUAUGAUACAAUUACAGACUGGCUGCUGUACAAUUACACAAGAAGUGCCACACUUGACCAGAGCAGAGAGAACCAUUUAGUCUGCUAUCCUGUCUCCGAGAGUGGCCAAUACGAGAUACUCCAUAAGAAGGUUCAAUGAACCCUGAAAGGACAAUUGUGGAACAACAGAAGUUUCUGCCUAAUUAGAUUUCAAGGCCAGCAGCAACCAUGAUAAUUAUCUACUAGUCUGGCUUUCAGCAUAACACCUGGCCAGAGAACUCUGUCCAAUAAUUCCUGCUGUGGGGGAAAUUAUUCAUCCAUAGUCGGUAAGAAGCAGCUCAUUAUCAACCAAGUUAGUUGUGGUUGAACUAAGAAGAGCAGAUAUUUUAGAAAGAAAUCCAAUUGCAAUUUAAAGACCCCAAAUAAUGAUGAAUUUAUCAAUUCACUUCAGAAGCUGCUCCAGAUCAGUUACCCUGACUGUAAAAGUUGAAUUUUAUUUUCAAUUAAAAAUAAAUUUAACUUCAAUUUCUAGACACUGGAUCUUGUUCUAUAUUUGUUUGCUAGGAUCAAGAGCCCUCUACUAGCUGUUAUUUUUUUCCUUAGUAGUUCUAGAUCAUGAUUAAUCUUCUCUUUGCUAAGUAAAUGCAUUGAGCUCCAAAUCUCUUAGUAAAAAGCAGGUUUUUUCAAACCUUGAAUCACUCUUGCAGAUCUUCUCUGAAACCUCUCAAAUUUUCCAACACACUUUUUUUUAAACUGUGGACACCAGAACUGGACACAAUAUCCCAGUAAUGAUCUCACCAUUGGCAUAUACAGAAGUAAUAUCUCUCUAAUCCUCCUUGAUAUUUCUUUGUUUAUACAUCUCAGCAUAGGCGCUGACUUCUCCUCUACCCAAUGCAUGCUUGAGUCCCCGCUUGUCCUUGGCCCUGCCCCCACUCCACCCCUUCCCUGAGGCCCCAUCCCUGCCCCAUCUGUUCUGCUGCCACUCCCCUGUUGACUGUGCCUGCAUCUCUCGCAAUGGUGGAGUACAGGAGUCAAUGGGAGAGCGCUUGGGGGUUGAUUUAGCGUGUCUAGACUAGACGUGAUAAAUUGACCCCCCGCUGGAUCAAUCACUGCCCACCGAUCCAAUGAGUAGUAUAGACAUAACCUUAGAGUGUGUCAAAGACUGACAGCAAGUUAAAGGAAUGGGAUGUGAAAAUGGGAUAAAAACUGGGGAAAAGAUACUUUUUACCUGUUAUGGAAUGUUGGGUUGGCCAUAGUUACCACAGUUAAUAGGUCUCUUUUGAGUUGCUGGAACAGUCCCAAGGGAUGCAGCUGAACCUUAGUCCCAGAAGGAAGAUUUUCUACGGUUAAAGAGGAAAUAAGAGGAUUAAAUAAAAGAAAAAUAGAGACAUUGAUUGAAACAUGUAGAGAUAAAAAUAAUCAGUAAUAGCAUUUCUGGGCCAAACUCUCUGCAGUCACCCCAGCCCAGAAUCCCUUCUCCUCUCCCUACCCAUGUCCUUUCGCAACUGCUGGCCUGAGAUGGUGGCUGAAGUGGCUCCCUCUCGUGUUCCCAGGGCAACAUGCCUCUCUCUUCCCAUCCCCUCUGGCUAUUACUAGCUCUGUCCCUGAUAUUUUAGUGUCACUCUCUUGUCUGUGUCUUUCCCCAGGGGCCACCCCUCGGGCUCAUCUGCACCAAAUAACCCCUGCCAGUGCACUACCCAGUAAUCAUCUUUCCCUAGAGCCUCCCCACAAUGCCCUCUCCCAAAAACCAGAGUCAUUGGCAAAUCCCCAUAUGUCCCUUGGCCCCAUUCUCCUGGGUGGUUAAUAAAUACUCUGGAUAGCAGUUAGUGCUUGUGGACACCCUGACUCCCUGCAGUGAAUGAGCCCCUUCCUGAACCCAGAGAGGACACCCCAGCUCUCACCCUGGGCUCCUGCAGCACCAGUGCAGAACUGUCCCUACAGAGUAAAUCAGACCCUGGGGGGUUGGGACUCAGUCCUCCCCACCCUGUCCUUGCUCCCCUUUUCCCAGUCUCUUCUACUCUGGAGGUCUCCUCGGUCAGUAGCAUGAGUGUUACUGGGACACAGAUGUGGGGGGGUGACCCAGGGACUUCUUGGUGCCAACUGGCUGGAGACACAGGGGUGCAUUAGGAUUUCCGGGAUCCCCUGGGCCUGGUAUCUACAUACUAGUUCACCAAAGAGUGUCAUGCCAGACCUCUACUGAAAGCCUGUGUCACACUGGUCAUCUUAAUCAUUGCAAAAUGUACAUACCAAUAACAUGUGAGGGAUUAUGUAUUUAGACUGAAAAUUAUGUUCUUAAGGUCUGUGACUUGGAACUGGUGAGAAAAUCCAAGUUUCUUUCAGACAAGAGAUGUUUGUUGGUCUAUCUACAUGUACUCUGAGUAUUGUAUGGUUCACAAUGGGCAUCAUUUACACUCUGAGCAGAAUGUCAAUCAAAUCCUUGCAGAGUGUCCUGGACAGGAAAAGACAGACAAGCAGCGGGAGUUAUCCUACAAGUGCACACAAUGGAGUUUUGGACUAUAACUGUAGAUAAAGAGACAAACUCUGCAUCUUCCCACUGAGGAGACAAGAGGACUGCCUGCUUGUCUCAUGUAUAGAAGAUCAGAGCCACACCUGACUGGAAGGAUUUGGGGCUUUUGCUCUUAUGACAGGACAAUGUUCUAUUAAUCGAGUUUAGGCUUGAGUGUGCAUGUCAUGAUUUUAUUUUAUAUGUAACCAUUUGUUUCUAAUAUUUCUACUGGUUAUCAUUUGAAUCGCCGUGUUAAAUAAACAUACUUGCUUUCUGUGUG